AUGAUCAUAAAUUUAUGGAUUGCAUUUGUUGUGCAAACGGUCAUUGUACUUGUAUGUACCGAUGAAACAUCGCAUGAAAAAGUGAUAGAUGAUGUAGUCUCUAAAAUAUUUGAUGAUGCGCGUCAAGCGAUUGAUGAACUUCAACAACAUGAUCAACUUCUCCUACAGAAGGAUAUAAACCCAUUAGAAGACAUCGAAGGACCAUUGAGACUAUGGAGCUUACAUUCAGGAUCUGACUCGGAUGCAUCAAAACUAGCAUACGCUGCUCUCAUCUCUAUUCUCGCCACCAAAAAAUUAAAAAAUGCUGAGAUUAAUUCUACAAAUAGUUCAUUACAUUUGAUGAAAAUUUUGGAAGAGUACUGUCCACUGCGUCCAAUUUUAUGCAAUACUGAGAAAUACAGAUCCAUUGAUGGUACAUGCAAUAAUGUUUUGCAUCCACUUUGGGGCGCAAAGGAUACAGCAAUGCAACGAAUCAUUAAUCCUUUCUAUUCUGAUGAAAUUGAAAAAAUGCGUGUUUCGUCGGUUGAUGGAAGUGUGCUACCAAAUCUUCGUUAUUUAUCUAAGAUUUUAAUGGAUAAAAUAUAUCCGUUUACAUCAAAAAUAACAAUGCUAACUGCACAUUGGGCACAUUUUGUCUACAACGAUUUGGUACGCAUUGGAAGUCUUCAACUUUUUUAUGAUGGAAAACGCAUUCCAUUGCCGUGUUGUUCAUCAAAAUUCAGUCAUCAUUCUGAAUGCAUGCCAAUUACGGUAUCAAAAAAAGAUUCACUAUAUAGCGAUAAUUUGGAAUGUAUACCAUAUACACGUACUGCUCCUGCACCGCAACCAAAUUGUGAUUUGGGCUUUCGAGAACAAGUCAACCAAAUGACAAGUUUUUUAGAUGGUCAAUUAUUAACGGAUUCUGAUUCACUGAGUGGAAAUUUUCCUUUGAUAGUCGAAUCUGUCGAUGAUAUUUUGAAAAUGACUGCACAGUAUAUUGCAAAUAGUGGUCAUCAUUCCUUUAUUAAUAGAUUCAAACAUUUACGUCUUCUGGCAUCUCUUUUUCUUCAAGAUAUUUGGAUGAGACAGCAUAAUCACAUUGCUAUUAGUUUAAUGAAAAUGAAUCCACAUUGGUCUGAUGAACAAUUAUAUCAAGAAAGCCGACGAAUUGUAAUUGCUCAACUACAACAUGUUACUUAUAAUGAAUUCCUACCGAUUUUAUUAGGCAAAGAAAACUGGAUCAAAUUUACAUUGCAACCACAAUCGUCUGGUUUUAGUAAACUGUAUAACCUUCGCGUAAACCCAAGCGUGAUCAAUACGUAUGCAGCAGCUGCAGGCCAAUUUUUUUUCACUAUGCUCGGCUCAUUUCCCCAAUGGCACACCGAGAAAGGUAAGGGAAUAUUGGAAGAGCCGCUAAAUGAAUAUUUCAAAAAUCCUGAUUCAUUAUUAUCGAGUGAUCAAAUUGCUAGUUUGCUAAUGCACUUAUUACGUGACGCUAUUAAAAGGCCACUUAUUUCUGAACAAAGUAAACUAUAUGAUAAACUCUUUAUAAGAAAAGACAUCAAUGAAUAUGACUUGGCAGCAGUGAUAUUACAAAUUGGACGUGAUCACGGUAUUCCACCGUAUAAUGUAUGGAGAGAAUACUGUACUGGUAGUAAGGUUGAAUCAUUUUCUGAUUUGGUGGAUGACUUGGUUGAAGGAGUAGAACUUGUGAAAGAUCUAGAAAAUGAGUACAAAUCAGUGCAUGAUGUGGAUUUGUUUUUACUUGGUUUAGCUGAAAAGCCUAUUAAUGGAGCUCUUCUUGGGCCAACUUUCAGCUGCAUAUUAUCUUUGCAAUUUCAAAAAAUCAAAAUCGGUGAUCGUUACUGGUAUGAAAAUGAUUUGGCACACUCCGCUUUUACAGAAGAGCAAUUAGCAGAAAUUCGUAAAACUACUGUGGCCAGAAUAAUAUGCAAUACUGUAAAGGAUUUUUCAAAUUUGCAACCAAGAGUAUUUGAAUUAGCCGAUGAUUAUGACAAUUAUCCGAUUAACUGCAAUGAAACGUCACGUUGGGAUUUAAACAUUAGUAAAUGGCGUGAUGAUUCACCGAAACUCAAACUACCAAUAACCGUAGAAGUGGUCGAAAAAACUAUAGAAUUUGCAGUAAAGGAAGUAGAAAAACGACGUGAACGUGAACGGAGAAAUAUUCUAAAAAAUCAGCACAUUUUCAAAUCUGGUGAUCCUUUACUCUCAUAUGGUAAAAUGAUGCGAGCGAAACGUGAAGCUAUCACUAUUGCUCGAGUAUCCGAGGUGCUUUUGGAAGCCACUAAAAUGCUUAUGUCUCGAGCGCAAUCGAAUGAAAUUUCUGAACUUCCAGGAUCGUUAGACAUGAAUAUCUUGCAAGAUGUUUUACCUCACAUCGACGUCAGCUCAUUCGUUGGUAAGAUUGAACCACUUCUGGGAUCUGGUGGGUCAGUAAUGAAAUGCUUACCUAAAAAUUUACCAUGUGAUCAUACUACUCCAUACAGGACAAUGUCUGGUUGGUGUAAUAACCUCCGAAAUCCCAGUUUUGCUAAUGCCUUCGGUGCACUAAUACAUCUAUUACCACCUGCUUAUGAAGAUGGAAUUGAUAAACCGCGAGCGAAAUCGGUAACAGGUGAAUUGUUACCAUCUGCACGUACAAUAUCGAAUUUGGUACAUUUUGACUUACCUAUUCUUCAUCAAAAGUAUAGUCAUAUGAUAAUGCAAUUCGGGCAAAUUCUCGACCAUGAAUUGACACAUUCACCAGUUGAGCGCGGCCCAGAUGACGAGAUUUUGAAUUGCACUCGAUGUGAUUCACAAGCAACUCUUUCGAUACAUUGUAUGCCAUUACCAGUACCUGCUGGAGAUCCACAUUUUCCAACCCAUGAUGAAAAUGGUGAACGACGAUGCUUACCUUUCGCUCGGUCACUUCUUGGUCAGUUGAACCUUGGCUACAGGAAUCAAAUCAAUCAGCUGACACCUUAUCUGGAUGGUUCUGUUAUUUACGGCUCAACAGAUUGUGAAGCAAAAGAGUUACGGGCAUUCUCUGGCGGACGCUUAAAUAGUACUAAUCUUGGAGUAUUUAAUUCUGAAGCUUUGCCACAAGGGGACCAAGAACAAGAUUGUCGUUCUUCACCACAGUUUCCUUGUUUUGUAGCAGGUGACGAACGAAAUAGUCAUCAACCAGGAUUGACUUCAAUGCAUAACAUAUUUUUACGAGAACAUAAUCGAAUAGCUCGUAAACUUGAAGAACUGAAUCCAUCAUGGGAUGAUGAACGCAUAUAUCAAGAAACACGAAGAAUUGUAGCAGCAGAAUUUGCUCAUAUCACCUAUAAUGAAUAUCUUCCUUUAUUACUAGGAGAUCGAUUAAUGCAAAAAUAUAACUUAAAUACUGCCAAAACUGAUUACUUUCAUGGAUAUGAUGAGACUUGCGAUGCAUCGAUAUCUCAUCCUUUUGCAACAGCAGCGUUUCGUUUUGGUCACACUUUAGUUAGUCGAGUGUUUUCUCGAUUAAAUCCUUCAUAUCAAAAUUUCACUGAACCAGUCGAUUUAGUAAAUAACUUCAAUUAUGUUGGAGCUAUUUAUGAUGGCAAACGAGGUAGCAUUGAUUCAUUACUUGUUGGUCUCCUUGGCACUCCUGCAAUGGCGUUUGAUAGGCAUGUUACUACUGCCCUGAGAAAUCAUCUGUUUGGUCGACGUGGUGAACCACUUUCUGGAAUGGAUCUUGUUAGUUUGAAUAUAUUGAGAGCACGUGAUCAUGGCGUACAGCCUUACAAUGCCUUUCGAGAAUUGUGUGGCAUGCAGACAGCAAAAGAUUUUGAUGAUUUAUUUGGGGAAAUGAGUGAAUCAGCUGUAGAAGCGUUAAAAAGUGUUUAUAAAAGUGUAGAUGAUAUUGACUUAUUUCCGGGACUAUUGUGCGAAAAAUCCAUGCCUGGUGCUUUGCUAGCGCCAACAAUGGCUUGCAUUAUUGCGGAGCAGUUUAAACGAAUCAAAAAAUGUGAUCGGUUUUAUUAUGAAAACGAUCAGCAAGCAACACGUUUUUCUCGAGAGCAAUUAAAUGAAAUUCGGAAAGUAACAUUGAGUUCACUUUUGUGCGCGAAUAGCCAUAUGUUGGAAAGUGUACAACCGAAUGCUUUUUUGCUACCGGACAAACUUGUGUAA